UCUUUAUCGUCGUUGUUCUAUACUAAAUCCUUUCAGCAAAAAUAUGGCAAUAUCGCGAAAUGAUCAAGUAUGACACAUAGAAUAGAUCUGCUAUCCCCGUUUAAAUAAAAAAAAUUCAUUUCAGUAGGCCUUUAGGAGGGUUUUUGGAAAAUGUUUUUCUCCAAUAGGAUUCCCUGGUGGUCCUAAAAAGCUUGAGAGACCUGUUGGUCAACUCUACUAAAUCACUUUAUAUUUUCUACUAAGUGUAACAUUUUAUUUUUGUACUAUUAUCUUUUCGGAGCGUGUAGUUGAUUUUAGUCUUCACUCUGUACGUGACGCCAUUUUGGACAGAAUACUUAGUUUUCAUUACACUUGUGUGACCCUUAACUGCUCAUUAAUGUGGAUAUCACUGCUUCUAUAUCGAGUUUCCGACGUCCUGGAGGCCAAUAUGAACCCAAGAGAUUUAGAGGCCUCACGCGGGCCGGACAGGGACUCACAAAGGGCCGGAUGCGGCCCGCGGGCCGCAGAAUGCCCAGGUCUGCACUUGGUGAUGUUACCAAGCAAUAAAUGAACCAUCAGUACCCGGUCUCUGAGUGGCCUGUCCAUCACCUGCAUGCUCCCACACCAUGUGUCUUGAAGUACUCCCAAAGAUGCUGCCGGAGUGUGCAACUAUAACUCAUAAAGACAUUCCUUCCUCCGCAAAGGUCUCCACAUCAAAUAGAAAGAAGAAACGUGACAUCCUGGAGGGUGGAGAGAAGCCCUAUAUUAAAAAGCCACCAAAUGCCUUCAUGAUCUUCAGAAAGAGCAAAUGUCAAAGUGGAGGUCGCUCUCAGCGUCGCAGCAGGAAAAUUAUUAUCAGCUUGCCGACGUAAAGAACAGAAUCCACCAGGAGUUGUACCAAAAUGAUCCUAAAUAUACCCCCAUUAUUUAUUAUUUACUUAUCUAUCUUAUUAUUUAUUAUUUACUUUUCUAUCUAUCUAUCUAUCUAUCUAUCUAUCUAUCUAUCUAUCUAUCUAUCUAUCUAUCUAUCUAUCUAUCUAUCUAUCUAUCUAUCUAUCUAUCUAUCUAUCUGACAACUAUGUAAGUCCAACAUAGUCAUGUUCAUCAGUGAACAUUCAUCUAUCAGUUCAUGUGAAGUCUUCCUUGUAUUAAUGUGUGUGUAUGUCUUUGUGUGUGUGUGCCUGUUACAAGGCAAAAGAAAGCAGAAGCAGAGAGCAACAGUCUUAACAAGUAUGUACCAUCAAUGUGUUUGUCACUGUGUGACAGAAUAAAUACGCAGACCUUCCAACAUGAAUAUGCUUUGCUGCUCCCUACUAGGGUGUACCCCGCCUUCCGCCCGAUUGUAGCUGAGAUAGGCUCCAGCGCCCCCCGCAACACCGAAGGGAAUAAGCGGUAGAAAAUGGAGGGAUGGAUGGACAUCAGAACAGGUGGGAGAGCCUGAGAGGAGAAGGAAUGACACGGGAGGCUUCAGCCAACAGUCUCGGCACAGCAGAGACAGGAGGAGAUAUGCGGACAUCAUAUAUUAUAAUUCCUACAAAGCAUGGAGCCGAUGCCAAGUGAGGCUUCCGUGGAGGAGAUGAAGUGGUACGAGCUCCUAAUGCCGCUCUACGAGCCUGGAGAUGAGAUGGGCUAUCUGGGAGACCGUCAACCUCAUCCACCACAACCCACACCUAUCGACCCCGAGGACCCGCCACUGUCCACUUUGUUGACAGGAAGUGAGGAGCACGGCCACUCGGAUGACUUCUACAACCAGGGAAACACUGUGGAGCAGUCUGACAUGUCGUACCAACAGUGCCUUGAAGAACCUCCGAUGACCCUGCCAGAGUGUACAACAUGGCCUUUUGUUGAAAUGCAGCUAAAUGAUCAUCCUUCUCCCCCAACAAAGGUCUACACAUCAAAUCGAAGGAGGAAACGCGACGUUCAGGAGGACGGUAGCAAGGCCUACAUUAAAAAGCCCCCAAAUGCCUUCAUGAUCUUCAGGCAAGAGCAGAGGCUAAAGGUCAUGGCUCAGUUUGAUAUCCGUGACAGCGCUGUGGCCAAUAAGGUCCUGGGUCACAUGUGGAAGUCGCUGUCAGAGCCCGAGCAGGAAAAAUAUUACCAGCAAGCAGACGUGGAAAAACGGCUUCACAGCCAGAUGCACCCAAACUGGUCCUGCACAGACAACUAUGGCAGAAAAAGAAGGAAGCAGAUGGAAGAUUUGCCAAUAGGGAAUCCAUCAAUGAAAGUGUGACUAAACCAAUCAAUGAACAAAAUGUCACCUUAAUCGACUUAAAAUUAUAACUAUGAAAUCAUACAAAUCCAUGUAAAAUAUUCUUCCCUUAUUAUGAUCAUAGUGCACAAUAACAUACACAGCAGACCAAAAUUACACCAUUAUUAUGUUUGUUGUGUACUGGAGUUAUAAACAUCCGUCACUUUGCUUCAACAUUGUCACGUCAAAUGCCACUGUGUGACUAAAUAACACUGACUAAUAAAACAUAUCUGACAAAGGUUAGAAAGAAAAACACUUUUUAAGCUACAAUAUUUCUAAAAUGUCAUUUUGUUUGUUUGAAUAACUUACUAACUUGGAUACAUUAUCAGCCAAUGAAGGUCAUCACGUUUGGUUUGUUUGGGCUCUUAGUGGUCAUUUGAUAGUACAGCGGGUCAAAAAACUAGGGGACAAUAAUUUGAGGUAGUGUUCCCUCAAUUAUCGCGGGAGUUACAUUCUAUGUAGGUGCAUUUUGUAGGGACGCUAUUAAGUAUUUUAUUGGAUUUUACAUAGGCUCUUCACACAGCUUUCACACACACAAGGACUCGUUAAUACGAUAAACGCGUAAAAUGUAUCUAGAAUAUUGUUAAACUGAAAUACUGUUGCUAAAAGGUACUAUUAUAUUUCACCAAAUUUCAAGGCCAGUGUCAUUAAGCGCAAUAAAUAUUAUUCUCCAACACUCACCAGUUUGCCACAUUCGUGAACUGUGGGCCUUUAAAGGCCUACUGAAACCCACUACUACCAACCACGCAGUCUGAUAGUUUAUAUAUCAAUGAUGAAAUCUUAACAUUGCAACACAUGCCAAUACGGCCGGGUUAACUUAUAAAGUGCAAUUUUAAAUUUCCCGUGAAAUAUUCUGCUGAAAACGUUUUGGUAUGAUGACGUCUGCGCGUGACGUCACGGAUUGUAGUGGACAUUUUGGGACAGCAUUGUGGCCAGCUAUUAAGUCGUCUGUUUUCAUCGCAAAAUUCCACAGUAUUCUGGACAUCUGCGUUGGUGAAUCUUUUGCAAUUUGUUAAAUGAACAUUGGAGACAGCAAAGAAGAAAUCUGUAGGUGGGAAGCGGUGUAUUAGCGGCUGGCUGCAGCAAAACAAACAUGUAGCCGGUGUUUCAUUGUUUACAUUCCCGAAGGAUGACAGUCAAGCUUUACCAUUGGCCUGUGGAGAACUGGGACAACAGAGACUCUUAACAGGAGGACUUUGAGUUGGAUACGCGGUACCGUGAGUACGCAGCUGCAGCUUCCAAACAUUUGAUCGCUUGCCCGUACGUGCGUGCCGCUAUGUGCAUGUAACGUACAUAACUUUGGGGACUUUGGGGAAAUAUAUGUGCUGUAUGAACUUUGCGGAGGUGAACGGUACUUUGGGCUGUGGGAUUGAGUGUGUUGUGCGGGUGUUUGAUUUGUAUUGGCGGGUUGUAUGGACGGGAGGGGGGAGGUGUUUAUUAUGCGGUAUUAAUUUGUGGCAUAUUAAAUAUAAGCCUGGUUGUGUUUUGGCUAAUAGAGUAUAUAUAUGUCUUGUGUUUAUUUACUGUUUUAGUCAUUCCCAGCUGAAUAUCAGGUCCCACCCGCCUCUCACAGCAUCUUCCCUAUCUGAAUCGCUUCCACUGCCCUCUAGUCCUUCACUCUCACUUUCCUCAUCCACAAAUAUUUCAUCCUCGCUCAAAUUAAUGGGGAAAUUGUCGCUUUCUCGGUCCGAAUCGCUCUCGCUGCUGGUGGCCAUGAUUAACAAUUUGCAAAUGUGAGCAGCUCCACAAACUGUGACGUCACGCUUCUUCCGGUACAGGCAACACUUUUUUUAUCAGCGACCAAAAGUUGCGAAAUUUUAUCGUUUAUGUUCUCUACUAAAUCCUUUCAGCAAAAAUAUGGCAAUAUCACGAAAUGAUCAAGUAUGACACAUAGAAUGGACCUGCUAUCCCCCGUUUAAAUAAGAAAAUCUCAUUUCAGUAGGCCUUUAAAGGCCUACUGAAACCCACUACUACCGACCACGCAGUCUGAUAGUUUAUAUAUCAAUGAUGAAAUCUUAAAGGCCUACUGAAAGCCACUACUACCGACCACGCAGUCUGAUAGUUUAUAUAUCAAUGAUGAAAUCUUAACAUUGCAACACAUGCCAAUACGGCCGGGUUAACUUAUAAAGUGCCAUUUUAAAAUUCCCGGGAAAUAUCCGGCUGAAACAUCGCGGUAUGAUGACGUAUGCGCGUGACGAAGUCCGAGUAACGGAAGUUAUGGUACCCCGUAGAAUCCUAUACAAAAAGCUCUGUUUUCAUUUCAUAAUUCCAUAGUAUUCUGGACAUCUUUUGCCAUUUUUUUAAUGAACAAUGAAGGCUGCAAAGAAGACAGUUGUAGGUGGGAUCGGUGUAUUAGCAGCGGACUACAGCAACACAACCAGGAGGACUUUGUUGGAGCGCUAGCCGCGCUAGCCGCCGACUUCACCUUGACUUCCUACGUCUCCGGGCCGCCAAACGCAUCGGGUGAAGUCCUUCGUCCUUCUGCCGAUCGCUGGAACGCAGGUGAGCACGGGUGUUGAUGAGCAAAUGAGGGCUGGCUGGCGUAGGUGGAGAGCUAAUGUUUUUAGCAUAGCUCUGUGCAGUCCGGUUGCUAAGUUAGCUUCAAUGGCGUCGUUAGCACAGCAUUGUUAACCUUCGCCAGCCUGGAAAGCAUUAACCGUGUAUUUACAUGUCCACGGUUUAAUAGUAUUGUUGAUUUUCUAUCUAUACUUCCAGUCAGGGGUUUAUUUCUUUUGUUUCUAUAUGCAGUUAAAGCAAGAUGCUAUCACGUUAGCUCGUAGCUAAAGCAUUUCGCCGAUGUAUUGUCGUGGAGAUAAAAGGCACUGAAUGUCCAUUUCGC